GAGACGGGAGACCAAAAGCCAGGGCCGCCGGAGCACCGGGGGAGAGCGGUCUGAGCCCCGAGCGAGUCGCCUCGGGAGCCCUAAUCCUCUCCCGCGGGCUUGCCGAGCGGUCAGUGGCGCACCGCGGCAGCGAGGCUGAAAUAUGAUAAUCAGAACAGCUGCGCCGCGCGCCCCGCAGCCAAUGGGCGCGGCGCUCGCCUGACGUCCCCGCGCGCUGCGUCAGACCAAUGGCGAUGGAGCUGAGUUGGAGCAGAGAAGUUUGAGUAAGAGAUAAGGAAGAGAGGUGCCCGAGCCGCGCCGAGUCCGCGCCGCCGCAGCGCCUCCGCUCCGCCAACUCCGCCGGCUUAAAUUGGACUCCCGGAUCAGCGAGGGCGCGGCGCAGCCGGGCAGCGGGCUCUCUCAGCCUUGGCAACCCCAGGGGCCACUGUUUCCCACUUAGCCACAGCUCCAGCAUCCUCUCUGUGGGCUGUUCACCAACUGUACAACCACCAUUUCACUGUGGACAUUACUCCCUGUUACAGAUAUGGGAGACAUGGGAGAUCCACCAAAAAAAAAACGUCUGAUUUCCCUGUGUGUUGGUUGCGGCAAUCAAAUUCACGAUCAGUAUAUUCUGAGGGUUUCUCCGGAUUUGGAAUGGCAUGCGGCAUGUUUGAAAUGUGCGGAGUGUAAUCAGUAUUUGGACGAGAGCUGUACGUGCUUUGUUAGAGAUGGGAAAACCUACUGUAAAAGAGAUUAUAUCAGGUUGUACGGGAUCAAAUGCGCCAAGUGCAGCAUCGGCUUCAGCAAAAACGACUUCGUGAUGCGCGCGCGCUCCAAGGUGUACCACAUCGAGUGUUUCCGCUGCGUGGCCUGCAGCCGCCAGCUUAUCCCCGGGGAUGAGUUCGCGCUGCGGGAGGACGGGCUCUUCUGCCGCGCCGACCACGACGUGGUGGAGAGGGCCAGCCUGGGCGCCGGCGACCCGCUCAGCCCCUUGCACCCGGCGCGGCCGCUGCAAAUGGCAGCCGAGCCCAUCUCCGCCCGGCAGCCGGCCCUGCGGCCCCACGUCCACAAGCAGCCCGAGAAGACCACCCGCGUGCGGACUGUGCUGAACGAGAAGCAGCUGCACACCUUGCGGACCUGCUACGCCGCCAACCCCCGGCCCGAUGCGCUCAUGAAGGAGCAACUCGUGGAGAUGACCGGCCUCAGUCCCCGUGUGAUCCGGGUCUGGUUUCAGAACAAACGGUGCAAGGAUAAGAAGCGGAGCAUCAUGAUGAAGCAGCUCCAGCAACAGCAGCCCAAUGAUAAAACUAAUAUCCAAGGGAUGACAGGAACUCCCAUGGUGGCUGCCAGUCCGGAGAGACAUGACGGUGGCUUACAGGCAAACCCAGUGGAGGUGCAAAGUUACCAGCCGCCUUGGAAAGUACUCAGUGACUUCGCCUUGCAGAGUGACAUUGAUCAGCCGGCUUUUCAGCAACUGGUUAAUUUUUCAGAAGGAGGACCGGGCUCUAAUUCCACUGGCAGUGAAGUGGCGUCGAUGUCCUCUCAGCUCCCAGAUACACCUAACAGCAUGGUAGCCAGUCCAAUUGAGGCAUGAGGAACAUUCAUUCAGACGUAUUUUUUUUUUCCCUGUUGGAGAAAGUGGGAAAUUAUAAUGUUGAACUCCGAAACAAAAGUAUUUAACGACCCAGUCAAUGAAAACUGAAUCGAGAAAUGAAUGCUCCAUGAAAUGCACGAAGUCUGUUUUAAUGACAAGGUGAUAUGGUAGCAACACUGUGAAGACAAUCAUGGGAUUUUACUAGAAUUAAAACAGCAAACAAAACCCAAACCCAACAUAACGCUAUCCAAUGACCUUAGGAAUACUGAAAGAAAAAAAAAAAAAAGACGUUUUUGAAACGUAGAGGAUUUAUAUUCAAGGAUCUCAAAAAAAGCAUUUUCAUUUCACUGCACAUCUAGAGAAAAGCAGAAAUAGAGAUUUUCUAGUCCAUCUUAUUCUGAAUGGUGCUGUUUCUAUAUUGGUCAUUGCCUUGCCAAACAGGAGCUCCAGCAAAUGAGCAGGAAGAGAAACUGGCCUCUUUGGCUGAAAGAGUUCUUUCAAGAAGGUGGAGCUGCUUGGUUUGCGAUGUUUUUAGUUGACUUUAACAAGGGGUUAAUUGAAAUCCUGGGUCUCUAGCAUGUCCUGUAGCUGAUUUCUUUUUGCCUUUUGCCCCUCCCCCCUCUUUUUUUUUGAGAUCCAUCCUCUAUCAAGAAGUCUGAAGCGACUUUAAAGGUUUUUGAAUUCAGAUUUAAAAACCAACUUAUAAAGCAUUGCAACAAGGUUACCUCUAUUUUGCCACAAGCGUCUCGGGAUUGUGUUUUGACUUGUGUCCGUCCAAGAACUUUUCCCCCAAAGAUGUGUAUAGUUAUUGGUUAAAAUGACUGUUUUCUCUCUCUCUGGAAAUAAAGAGGAAAAAAGGAAACUUUUUUUUUGUUUGCUCUUGCAUUGCAAAAAUUAUAAAGUAAUUUAUUAUUUAUUGUCGGAAGACUUGCCACUUUUCAUGUCAUUUGACAUUAUUUUUUGUUUGCUGAAGUAAAAAAGAAAAAGAUAAAGGUUGUACCGUGGUCUUUGAAUUAUAUGUCUAAUUCUAUUUGUUUUGUCUUUUUUUUUAAUAUUAUGUGAAAUGAAAGCGCCAUAUGUAGAAUUAUAUCUUCAGGACUAUUUCACCAAUAAAUGUUUGGCAUAGAUAAAUAAAUAAA